AUGGCCUUGCUAUCUGAAAUGUUGGCCGUGGCACUAUACAAGGCGCCGGAGAAGAAAGAGAAGAAGAAAGGAGAGAAGAGGGAGGCCCACGAAGGCCUCUAUCCCAGAGGACCGCCAGACAGUAAGUCUGGGGAAACCCAGGCCCCCUCCGCUCAUGAUGGAGAGCAAGGAGAGGACGGGGAGGAGAGUGAUUCCUCCCGAACAAGGAAAAGGGUGGCAUCGGAUGACGCCGAGGAGGAUCAGGGUCCUCCUGCACCAAAGAAGCAACGCAGGGACAAAGUGGUCCCGUCUGACGACAGCUUAGACUCUCCUGACGAGUCUGAGGCUUCCGAAGAGACAUCAUCUUUGGCAGUGGCUGCACGGGCCGAGGAAUGGGCCGAGCUCAACCGGAGGCUCAAGAGCUCCGACUACGAGCUCGAUCGGAUUAACAAGCGGUUCGACGAGGCGCAAGCUAUCACUGCUGAGGUCAAAACCCUCAGGGCCGAGCUGAAGAAGGCUCAACAAGAGGCUGCACAGCAGAAGGCGGCGGACGAAUAG